AUGAAUACGCUACGCCAAAUGCUCCCCCAGAUAUGGCCUCAAGGCUACAAACGGGUCGACUCCAGCAGCAGCCUUGAAGAUGCCGUCACCCCCGAGAAGAAUGGUUCAACCCUCCAGCUCUUUGCCAGGCGCCUUCUCCGUCUUCCCCUAAAAACAAUAGCAAUCCUCAUAGCCGCUCUCAUCAUUUUCCCCGGCCUACUAGCCCUCACUUCGCUCAAGGGCCGCGCAUUCUUGGCUGGAGAGAUUGCGACUGGCCAAGCCUAUGAAACGUACCCGCAGCAGGACAUUGCCAAGCUUCCUUCAAGGGAUCGACGGCUUAGCAUAGUCCUCCCUGCCAAUAACCCAGACCACGAUUUAUGCAAAGUCAUCACGAGUGCGUUGGCAUUGGGGUAUCCAGCUCCGGUUGUUGUGAACUGGGGUAAGACGUACGAUAAGUCCAAGGGAUGGAAAGGAGGGUCUCAUUUGGCGAAGAUUACAGGUACUCUGGAGUAUCUCGAUAGUGUUUCGAAUCCCGACACUCCGGACGAGAAUAGACUCGAGGAGAAUGAUAUCGUUGUUCUUACGGACUCGUAUGACGUUUGGUUUCAGCUUCCGCCAGAGAACGGCCGCGAAAAACCCCCAAUGGAACAAACAAUCGUCAUAUCAGCACAGAAGAAAUGCUUCCCUCCGCCAUCAUCAGGCUCAGUCCUCCACUGCGAUCAACUCCCCGAAAGCCCAGCUCGUCGAGACCUCUACGGACCGAAUACCGACACAGACCCUGAAGUAUUUCACGAUGUACGACCGAAGUAUCUCAACAGCGGGAGCAUGAUUGGCCCUGUUGGUGAUAUGAGAAAGUACUUUCGUCGCGUGCAUGAGCGGAUGCAGAGAGGUUUGGUGAAUGGCAAGGAUCUGUACAGCGAUCAGGGAAUAUUCGGUGAGAUUUUCGCGGAACAAGAAAUCUGGCGGCGCUGGCUUCGCAAGAACACAGUGUCUCGAAAGGACAAGAGCUUCGAUGUUAUGCAUAGCGAUUUCGAGUACCAUGUCGGGCUGGACUACAUGCAGAAUCUGUUCAUUCCGACUGUUUUUGAAGAGCAAGACGGGGAGAUUAUUGUGUUGAAUAACGAGACUGGUAUUGCAGAAAAGUCAGUGUCUCUCGGGAUUGAACCAAGAUUAGACGGUGUGCCAGACGAUAUCCAAUCUUCUACAAACCCACUGAACAUGCACGUUCUUCACGAUCCAGCAGAAUGGGGAGAUAUGCCCGUAUAUGCCGACUUCUACUCCACAGCCAUUCCUGUCGUCGUCCAUCACAAUGCACACAAGGAUGGAGCAAAGAAACGUCGAUAUCUCUGGUGGGACCGCAUAUGGUUCUUCCCGUACCUUCGCCAACUCAUCAAGGCUCAGUUAGCGAUCGUCGAAGCGGAGCCAUUACUGGACAUUGCCGUCAACGGGGAACGGUUGGUGUAUUGGGAGUCGCGGUCGAAUGUCACUCAGAAGAAGCCGAAAACGUUCGUCGUCGAUUCGGGAAAGGCUAGUAUCGUGGAGCGUGAGUUUGGGUACGUUUGUCGAGCAAAGACGGAAAAGGCGGAGGCGGAGAAGCCGUGGUACGAUGAGGUAUUUCGGGAUGGACAGGGAGAGCUGUAG